UGAAAAAUUUUGUGAAUAAUCUAGAGCAGAGGGCGCCUACAUUACUCAUAUACGCAUACAAAAUGACUAAGCCGAAGAUAAUGGCACAAUGGUCAAUGGAUGAAACAUGGAUGUGUUCAAGCUAGAUUUGGAAGAUGCGCAAAUAGGUUCGAGUCUUGUAGAAAGCAGUAACACUAGCCAAACAAAUAAACGACAAGAACAUCUUGGUGUUACCGGUGGUGCGGCCGGCAAAAUACAAGAUCAGCAUUCACGGAAUACUGUCGAUGGCGACAACCUGAAUGAAGAGGAUAAUUUAGAUGAAAAAUUGCCCGAAGUAAGCUUUGACGCGAAUUCAGAUUUUAAUUUACAUUUCUUUGAUACGCCCGAAGACUCAUCAACUCAAGGUGGAUUUAGCGAUGCCGGUUCGGCCGAGUCCGAAGCAGAUUUAAAUUUAGAAUCACCUGCAACGCCUACAGGUGCUAUAUCGAAUCCAAACAUUGAUAGGGCAACAUUUACGGGCGAAAGCGAGAGAAAGGACUCUUUCAGUCAAUUAGUAACACAUAGCUGUCAAACGUUUUAUUCGUCGACUAGCUCAAGUUUCGCUAAUAAUAAUAAUACAGCAAAUUUAAGUGGUAACUCGGUAGCACAGUUUGGAAAUCUUGGAAAUGGUGGAAGUGCAUUAUAUACCACAAACAGUGGCCAUAACUUCGCAUCAACGAAUUCGUCGUCAUCCGGGUGUUCUUCAACCUCUUCAAACACCAGCAGCAACAGUAGCAGCAUUUGCAACCAUAGCGCGAGUGGCAGCGCCAGCAAUAUCAAUAACCACCACAACAAUCACAACAGCAGCACUAACGCCAGCAAUUACGGUAACAGUACCCCGCUUGGAUCGACAACAAUUAGUUCCAGUAGCACAGCAACGGCCUCACCAGCCUCAACAUCAUCAACACCCACAACAUUGGUUGCUGAGCGUUUUAUUGGAAACCACAACCGAAGCCAACAGCACACACAAUCAACAACAGUUUCAUCAUCCUCAAUAGCUUCAUUGGCCAAUAUCAAGCUAACAGCAGAACAUCUACAGCCCCAUCAAUCGCAUCAAACAUUAGCGCAGCAGCAACAAUCCCAGCAACAACAUCAACAGCAACAGCAGUUUGCCAUUGCUGAUUCAAAUACAAAUAGUGCAGUAGCAAAAUCAUUUGUACCGUGUAAAGUUUGUGGUGACAAAGCAUCCGGUUAUCAUUACGGCGUAACAUCCUGUGAAGGUUGUAAGGGUUUUUUUCGACGCAGCAUACAAAAGCAAAUUGAAUAUCGUUGCCUGCGGGACGGUAAAUGCUUGGUGAUACGUUUAAAUCGUAAUCGCUGUCAAUAUUGUCGUUUUAAAAAAUGUCUAUCAGCAGGAAUGAGCCGAGAUUCUGUGCGUUAUGGUCGUGUACCAAAACGUUCGCGUGAGCUGAAUGGCGGUACAACGCCAUCAUCCACAGACGACACUACCACAGCAAACACCGCUACCACAGGAGCAGUAGCAGCGGCAACAGCAGCGGCAAUCGCAACAGUAAAUUCGUGUGAUUUGCGGCGUGUCAGCACACCGGGAACACCGAAUACACCACAGACUCCACAAAUGUGUUCCAUAGCAUCAUCACCCUCAGAAUUAAGUGGCGGCUGCAGCGCCACGAAUAAUAACAACAAUACAAAUAAUAAUGGUCUCGGCGGUCCAGCGAAUGCCGGCGUUGGCGGCUUAAACGCCCAGCAAUUGAAUAGUGUUGAGAACCAUGACGGCAUGAUGGCCAGCCCAGCUACCGAAUUAUCCGUAUACGACGUUAUAAUGUGUGUAUCGCAAGCGCAUCGCUUAAAUUGUUCGUACACUGAAGAACAGACGCGGGAAUUGAUGAGACGAUCUUUAAAUGUCCCACCAAAUGGACUGAUGUCGUCAGUGUCGGAAAGCUUGGAGUUUCAAAAAAUCUGGCUUUGGCAGCAGUAUGCAGCUCGUGUUACGCCCGGCGUACAGCGUGUUGUCGAGUUCGCUAAGCGUUUACCUGGCUUCUGUGAUUUUACCCAAGACGAUCAAUUGAUACUCAUUAAAAUGGGUUUCUUUGAAACGUGGCUUAGCCAUGUAGCCCGUCUGGUUAAGGAUUCUACGCUUACAUUUGAUGAUGGCACCUAUCUGACGCGACAACAGUUAGAGAUUAUAUAUGAUACCGAUUUUGUGGUGUCGUUAUUCAAUUUCGCCAAUACCCUCAACGUUUACGGUUUAAGUGAUACCGAGAUUGGUUUAUUCUCGGCCAUGGUAUUGUUGGCUUCGGAUCGACCUGGUAUAUCUGAAUCAAAAAUGAUAGCACGUACAAGAGAACGUAUCACGGAAGCGUUGCGAGUGCAGAUCGUACGUUCUCGGAAUGCUUCGACACAAGCGCUACAAUUAAUGCCUGCUCUCGAAGCUAAGAUACCAGAGUUGCGUUCAUUGGGCGCCAAACAUAAUGCCCAUUGUGGUUGGUUGCGUAUGACUAAACCGCGUUUGCCUCCGCUAUUUGCCGAGCUAUUCGAUAUACCGAUGGAGGACGAGUCGUAAAACGGGGAAACGGGAGCACAAUUUUACCACACAAACAAACAACAAGACUAGCAAAAUACUAACAAAAAAUUUACAACAAACAACAAAACAACAACAGCAAUAACAACAGCAGCAAAAAACAAAAUAUAUAAGUAAAGUAGAGCGAAACAAGUGAAUAUGAAAAAAAGAUUGACUUUCUUUAAGCUUUACUCUCCUUAUACAUACACGCAUACAUAGAUUUUACUUACAUAAGUAUAUUUUAAAAAUAUUUUUAAAAUUAAUUGAAAAACAAGCGAAUUCAAUAACUCACUAGAUAUUCAUUGCAUGGAAAAACAGAAAACAAAAAAAAAUUCGAAAACUAAUAUACUAUAAAAUAGGAAAGAAAAAACAAAAAUAAAUAAAUAAAUAAAUAAAGCGUAGAGAAACCACACAACACCAGAACAAUUAUUAAAUUAAAUAAUUCACGCAUACGCAAGCAUUUUUGCAUAAUCAUCAAAACAUUUCGAGGUGAAACCUAAAAAAAAUUAAUAUAAUACGACUAACGUAAAGUCAAAAAAAUGCCGAAUUGUUUAAAGAAGAAAAACAAAAAAACCGUUAAUAUGAUCGAUCAACUUUAACCAUCGUUAAGAUCAUCGACGUCAGCAUCAUGAAUACAAUACAAUAAUAAUUCUU